UCUAGACGAAAAUGGCUGACUCUCCCAUCUGAGCCUGUGUGUGAAUGAUGAAAUGAGCGUAAAAUAGCGAGCACAAACAGCGCUGCAGCCCCAACACAACACUCGCAGAUGACAAGAGUGAGUUUGUGCUGCGCCUGAGGAAGAUGCUGUGGUUGUCAGAGAAAGAAAUUGUAUACGGUUUGAAAUUAACCCUUCCUCGCCCAACUUCCAGCAACAAAUGAGAAAAUGAUGCAUCAAGUGACCAGCAGCAACAGUGACUACUGUAUGAGUGGACUGGCAGAGGACUGUCAUCCAGCCGGACACUUUGAUCUAUGUAGCACGUCAUCCAGCAAAUUCUUCCCCUCUCCAACAAACCCAGGGUUGCAGCUGUCUCUCGCUGGCCUCGGCCCCUUGCCGCAGAGCAUGCACAAAACCAUUGCAUGCCAAGUGCAAGACUCUCAGAAGGACUUCCACAUUCAGACCGUCACAGUCGCGGACGGUGAAGCUGCAGGGCCUGAUGGCUCCAAAAAGAAAAAGGGCGCAGGCAAGUCAGGGCGGAGAGGGAGACCGUCGGGCACCACAAAGUCCGCUGGCUAUCGUACAAGUACUGGACGGCCACUUGGAACAACCAGGGCAGCGGGGUUCAAAACCAGCCCGGGGAGGCCACUUGGUACAACCAAAGCAGCGGGAUAUAAGGUCAGCCCGGGUCGGCCUCCCGGCAGCAUCAAGAAUCGCAUCAAGAAGCUGGAGUUUGCCAAGAAAUUUGACUUUAGUAACUGCAGCGUUCCCAAGAAACUUGACUUCACUGCCUGUGAUGUGCCGUCUUUUCCGUACAGCAUGAUGGAGAAAAGAGACCUCUGUGAACCCAGUAGCAAAACAGAUGAGACCAGAGAAUAGUCCUGCAGCUUGUUAUGGAAACAUUUGAUUGCAUCCAGCAAAAGGAACGCCAAGGAAACAUUUCUCUCAAGUGUUUUAGGAAGUGAACUUUGUCAUUUUUAGAAAUGGCUAAAUGACUGGAGUUUUCACUGUACAUUGUUUGACAUUGUAUUCACCCUCUCAUAAGAAAAUGACUGAAUCAGACAUAUAUCAUUGCAGUUUUGGCAGAGAUGCAUGCAUAUGAAUAAAUCACAUUGUAUGUAUAGGCAAAAAAAAAGUAUUCACCAGUUUGUAUUUUCAACCUCACCGUCGUGUGGAUUUUCCUUUACCCUCGACCCUUUUAUUCCUUUUUAUUGCUUUGCCGUUUCUAUAACAAUGUUCUUUGGACAUUUUCUACGUUUAUAAGAAAGAAUAUUACUUUAGUUUGGUCUAUAAACUCAGUCUUUUCUGUAGCAUUAACAUGUUGAUGUGUAAUUGUCGUCUUUGUGUGCUGUCAAGUUGAAUAUGAAUUUUAUUUUGCAAUGUAAACCUGCAUCAUACCCAGACUGGAAACACUGCUAAACUAUUUCAAUUAGCCUAGACUGGUCAAAUUCAACACGUUAUAUCAUAUUUGAUUGAAGUAUUAUCCAUUUCUGCACACCGUUGAUUUAGUCUUUGAAUGUUUUCUUCUCCAAACUCACGUAAUAGGCACUUCCAGUUGAACUUGUAUGUUAUUAUGCUGUUAUUUAGGGGGGAACUAUUUAACGAAACAGGAAAAUGCUUUGUGGAAUAUGUAGUAAAUGCUCACGUGUGCUGUAUGUGCAACCAAAAUAAAAUCACGAAAUUGUCUUUUUCCAAA